AGAGAAUUGCCCACAUUCACGCUCACACUCGCUUUCCUCGCGUUGACCUCUGUUCACACUCACAAUACAUCCGCAUCUUGAAGUAGACUAAAACAAGAUGUCGAUCCGUAUAGGCUCGGAAACGAGCACAUCAGAUUUUGGGGCAGAGGUGGAUGAGCUCCAAAAUUUGUCCUCUUUUAUGGAGUUUGACUCCUCUCCCUCUCCUCCACGUCGAUGCAGCACCGACAAGCGGCGUCGAUGUGCUUAGGGGUUGAAACAUUUCAUUUUUACAUACCAGCCUUCUUAUUUACUUGAGAAUGAGACUGCUACUAGUUGAAAAAAUGAAAGGCUUCAACCUUUAAUCUACGUUGAGUACAACUAUGGCAGAGAGCAAGACUGAAAUGUUCAAGAGCAGGCAACAACGGGAAGGUGAAGGAGGUCCUGCCAUGAUUCAGAGAGUAAGAGGACAUAUAAGGCUUACCCUGUAGUCUAUCGUCUGAAGCAUCCUUCCUGGCGAGGAGCCUUUUCUUCCAAUGGGAGAAGGGGAGCAAGAUGCUUCUCAAGAUGGAUCAGGGUGAGGUCUAAGACAUCACAGUUCUUGUAGUACGUCAAACUACAAUUUGGCGGGCCGACGAACUACAGCGACGUCGCUGCUGGGUACUGAUGAGGACCUUCGCGGGAAUGGCCUUUCCGGAAAUAGAGGUGGUAGAGAGUCCGCAACUUUCCCGGAUACGGAAAAUCCUUAAGGCCAGGAUGAUACAACUACAGAAAAUCAACAAGAGGCUACAGAAAUUCAACAAGUAGAAGGCUGGAAUUCGUCCCAUCAAAGGUGCAAGUAGAAGGCUAGGAGGAUAGUGCCGGUCUUCUAAAAAUGACAAGGCGAGAGACGCAGCACGACGGUUAGUCAGGCCUGGAGCGAUGUUUUUAGUCGCAUCAUUAGCAAGAAAAACGUUGUGCUUGAUGACGAUGCUGAGGAAGAGGAUUGGGUGCCUGCAUUACCUGGGAGAGGAAAGCGAAAACAUGAGAUGCUUCCUGGUAUGGAGCUUUCGAGCUUCGUCGAUCUGGAAGCCAAGAAUGAGGAGCAUGAAGACCAAGACUUCUUAGGUAAAAAUACAACUGCAAUUCUUGGCUCAUCUUCAAGGAAAGUUGUUGACAACAGAGACGCAUGCGUGCAUCUUGGUUCAUCAAGUAGUGACGAGGAUGGAGGAGGGGAGCAUCGUCUGCCCCAUCAGGUGAGGACAAGAGCAGGCGGAGAUGAAGAUGGCCAUGCUGAGGAUGUGAUCUCCGAGAAGCGGGCGCUGAAAAAAUCAUCCAAAACAAGGUCUUCUUUUCUUAGUCGUGGAGGUACAAGGGCGUCUUUGUUGGAAAUGGAGGCUCGGGGGUCCCGUGGACGAUCGUCGUAUUCCGCUUAUUCGGGAAGUAAAAAUAGAAAAGAGGAUGCCAGGACCUACAAGCAGAUGGGCCUGGACAGUAUUCCAAGAUGGGCUAUCGAUUCAGCGUUACAUCUACGACGACAUUGGCGAGAAUUGUUGUUCUUGUUCCUCGUGCAGAUCUCGCUCUUUCUACUCGUCUACGUAGUCGCGUCGUGUCUUCUCACGUCAGCAUCUCUUUCUUCUGGUGCAAAGAGCAGUACGUCUGACGGCGACGACUUACAGCUAUUCAAAGCAGCAGGGGAAGAUGAAGCUCUACAACUAGUAAAAACAGCAUCUACAACAACUUCAAAAAGCGUCAAGAUGCAAGUUCCUUCAGCAUCUUCUUCUAGCUCUUCUUCGAGGAUCACUCUCAGUAGUUUCAAGAUUCCCCUACCAGCUACUUCGGCAUCUUCUGGCUCGUGGAUCAUGAAUAGCGGGAGCAAGAAUGCGGCGACGAACGCUCGUUCUAUAUUUAUGUAAGCAGGGUCCUACUGUCAAGGUCGUCGACCCAUCCCCCGUUUCUACUUGUUGUGAAAAGUCGUGCUGAAAGAUGUUCCAAAUGUCAAAGGGUGCAGGGGGGCAUCGCAUAGUCUAGGAUCUGGCGUGGUAGCUGGUGUUAGAUUUCAUGGAAUGGAAAAAAAGGAGGGGCUGUCUGCACUGUACUCUGUGCCAGAUUUAUAGCAUUGUGUUGCAUUGUCCUUGUCGUUGCGUCUAAUAUACUGCUGAACACGAUAGCGCAAUUUGCGAGUGCCUUCGCCACUCUCGUGGAUGGAAACCGAGAUAUGCGGGACACUGCGCCCCAAUACAGCUUUAUGUGUACAUUACAUUCGGUGACACUGGUAGUUUACGUAGUGUACUAGUGGAAGUAAAAUCUGUGGAGAUAGAUUGUCAUCAUUAUGCUUACAUUACAUUGAUUCUAGUUUGUCGGCUCAUGCUCGCCUUGCUUGAGUACUUAACUAGGAGUAGCUACUAUUAUCGUAAUAGUAUUACGAAGCCUUACUCACACUCAUCCUCACAAUAAUACUUCACUCCAUUACCAUUAUAACAGGAUCAACUUCACCAGUCGAAUAAAUUCGAAUCAUCAAUAGUCCGCUCCUCCAAGAAGAAGGUCUAGUACUUGUUCUAAGAAGGUCUGGACGGAUAAUUUCAAAACGUUGAAGAUGCAUCUAAGGUCUCGCGUAGUAGAGGAGCGGCUGAAGAGGGAGCGGCCCUAGAGGAGAUGCCUUUCCUAGAUUCGCUUCAGAGUGGCAAUCGAGUGCAGUCUGGGAAACUGCAUUCAAACGCGAAGUACACUUGUGGAGUUGAGUACCAGUGGACGGCUCCCCUUAGAGAGCUGCAGAUCUGUCAUUUACGGCAGUAGAAGAGAAGUAGGCUCAACGGCAAUGAUCAUCUUCUCCCUUACUCUAUUUGGAGGCUGAGAUCCUCGAGUAGAAUAUGAAGUCAAUUGAUCGCAUUUAGUUCACGUGGUUUAUUCAUCUCAAUACUCUAAAAAAGUCUGGCUUACUUACGUCUUCGGGCAGGGAGGAGGAGAAGCAUGGACUCAAAUGAGCUUGAUGCUGAUUUACUAAAUUUUGAUUAGUAGAAGUGAAAUUAGUGCGGUCAUCAAAGAGGAGGCGGGAUGUCACAGUCACUAGUUCUAGCAAGUUAGUGAUAGAUUUAGAUAGUAUAGUUUCUCGCUCUUUCCUCCUCCGAUAUGUGAUCAAGUUCUCUUUUCUUGCUCUAAGUCCUCGAUGCGUGGGAAACCGUGAUCAUAGGCAGAGAGCGUUGCUGGAUAUCACAUUGAAGCGCUUUGAGGAAGAGGAAAGUGGAAGAAGCACAAUCGUGGUCGAAAACUGGACCUCAGCGACUGACUACGACCCUAACUACAUGAAGAAGCUGCCUUCAACUAGAAACGGACAGCUGCUCUUCGUGCGUCGUGACCAAGAUCACCGUCCUUAUGAUUUUUCUGGGUGAAGAAGCUGCAGCUGCCUAGGCAGCCUAGUACGUAGGUAACACAAGACUCAAAGCCUCACUUUUUACCUCCUCACAACUUACAUAAUCGACAACAGCUACUGAAUAACAAAGAGCCAAAGACCGCAAGGAAAAAUUUACAAGUUAGUCUACUUGGUAGAGGAAGAAAAAAGUUGCUACUAAACGAGGAGAAUUAGGCUGCUUGCAAGACAGCGACUCUUUAUUACAUCGAGAGAAAGACGAUCUGAGUCGGCUCUGGAUUCUUGUGCUAAUACCCCUGAGCUUGUGAGUCAGUGUUUUACUUCAGGGAAUGCCGAUACUAGUGCUAUUGCCCCUCAGUUAGUGAGUCAGUGUUUUUCAGUGGAUGCAGAUACUAGCGCUAUUGUCUCUGAAAUAGUGAGUCAGCAUGUUACAGAGGAUACAGAUGGAUGCCAGUGCUGUUACCUCUGAGAUAAUGAGUCAGUAUAUUGCAGAAGAUACAGAUACUGGCGCUACUAAGUCUAAGCUUAGCUUCAACUGAUUCAGUUUGUCAGUAGCUCACUGUUGGUUUGCAAAUCAAAAGUGCUAUGAUAUCAAUGCUCAUUGUGCCUUCAAGAGAUGGUUGGCGUUUGGUGAUAUUAUACAUAGGGCACAGUACUCAGUGUAGUCCUUCAAAUUGGUAGGAAUUUGAGAAAAGUGACAGACUUGAGAGAAAACAGACGAAGAUUAGCUUUGAUUGUCAAGCUCAAUAUCAGGAAUUAAAUUCAAUUAAAACAGCAUAAAACUGAAAAUUCUUGGAUAUACCUUAGAACUUGGAGACUAAUUUGAAACGCAAAUUCGAAAUUUGAAGACUUUGAUAAUUCUUUAUGUUUAGUGAAGAUAGCCUCAAGUCUCAAAUUUUAGAUGUUAGCUCUCCAUUAAGGUUGAACUUUAUCACUUUAGAUAGCUUUUUGUUGACUUGACUUUGAGGGUAGUUUUAACUGCAUCUCUUAUAACUUUAGGAUCUCAAUUUGUUCAACUUCGAUCUUUAGGAUCUCUUAGCUCUGUGGAGUGAUCUCAUAUCCCUUUUGUUGCAGUCAGUUCGUUCUGGUCUACAUCUCGCUCUUGUGAUCAUGGCGGUCAGCAUUCUCGUACUUGAUAGCCAUUAUUUGUGCCCUGGUAGUUAGCUGCAUUGUACUGUUGUUACCCUGUAACACAAUCCUGAUAGUUAGCUGGAUUGUCUUCUUUUUCGUCCUGGUAGUCUUAAUCUCCUUCCUCAUCGGGAUAGUCAAGUCCUCGUCACCAUACUCAUUAUCAUUACCUUCUUCAUCAACGUCAUCGUGUUGAUCACGAUACCUGUUAACAUACUCAUCAUCAUUACCAUCACCACCAUCAUCGUGAGUCACCUCCCCCUUCUCUUCAACCCUUUCCUCCUCAGCCCUUUCCUCCUCAACCAUUUCCUCCUCAACCAUUUCCUCCUCAACCAUUUCCUCCUCAACCAUUUCCUCCUCAACCAUUUCCUCCUCACCGCUUUCCUCCUCAACCCUUUCCUCCUCAACCCUUUCCUCCUCACCGCUUUCCCUCUCAUCCUCCUCCUAAUUAUAGUGGAUGCAGGUUCCAUUCCUCCGGAAAUGGUGCUUAUUCUAACAAUUUGACAACGAGGUAUUGUCAGACAGCAUGCCUUUCUGUUUUCCGCAAAGUGGCGUCGCAGAUGCAGCAACGGCGCCUUCCGUAUGAAAAACUGUUUUGUGAUCUCAUAAAUGAAGUGGUGGAAAAGCCGUUUCUUAGAUAGGCGCCGCGACAUAAGUGCCGUUUCCUAGAUGGGUGCCGCUUUCUAGAUAGAUGGAAGUGGAAACAUGGUAGCCGGCAGGGGUCUGUCCGGUGCGUAGAAGACGAGGCGCCUUCAACACACCAGUACCCAUCAAUAUUUCUACUUCACGAGUCAAUUCAAUUUUUCUCUGGGGUGAGGCCACUGGCUCUGGGACGACUGACCAGCAGUCUACAAAUAGUGAACUGAAACUGAAUGCUUACAAUUUAUGACGGAUUUUUACGCAUCCGCAGUGGGGGCUCCGCAUCAAUGCAGAUUAUACAACAAAUCAGAAGAAUUUUCCAAGAUGAACGCAGAAAUAUGACUUCAUCAACACACACGCACUCAUUUGAGUAAAGUAGAAAACGAAGCAAAAACUACAAU